CAAAAGUUAAGCCUGCCCUCAUCAAUUUGUCAAUGUCAUCAAAGUAAACCCUAUCUGGCUAUCUCUUCUUUCCCAAUCAAGAUCUUCUAUAUAUAAGAAAGAUUGAAGAAGCCGAUAUAUUAUUAGACCAAAAAUAAAAAACCAAACGGUCAACCAAAACUUGUCUGACCCACAAACACUUCUUGAUUCUGUCAUUGAGAAGAAUUUUUUUUAAUAUACAUCAUCUUCUCAUAGGAAUAAUGAAGAAUCCGAUAUUGAAGACAUGGAGAAAAGUGAAGUCUUUUGGGCAUACGAGCUCUUCGACUACACCCUCGUUCACGAGGAGCAAAUCUUGCCAUGGCUCUUUUCGUCUCGAAGAUGCUAAGAGCAAUGAAUCAAAAGCAAAGUCGAAGAAAGAGUUGCCGUCACAUGGAUUUUUCACGGUUUACGUUGGUCCCACGAAACAGAGAAUUGUCGUGAAGACGAAACUUCUGAACCAUCCUUUGUUCAAGAACUUGUUAGAAGAUGCUGAGACCGAGUAUGGAUAUAGACGCGAUGGACCCAUUGUUCUUCCUUGUGAGGUUGACUUCUUCUUCAAAACUUUGGCGGAUAUGAAGUCUAAUCAUGGUCAUCAUGAUGGUGAUGAUUAUGAUGAUGAUGAUGAUGGUUUCACUAAUUCUCCGGUUUGCGGAUUCAUCUGUAGUCCAUAUAGAUCAUACGGUGGUGGUGGUAUGGCCAUGAAACGGAACGGCUCAUACAAGCUUCUUCGAUCUCCAUCUUUGUUCAAGUUGAAUAGAUUUUGAAUUUUUUCUUCUUUUUAUAUAUCUAAGUUCUUGUUCAUAACAUUAUCAUAUACUUUUUUUUUUUGGCAUUAUGAGUGGAAAUGUGAAAGAAAACCCUCUCACUUGUUCCUAAAUUUGAAACAAUUAGCUUGAAUUACUUUCAAAUAUUUUGAUGUCGGCUUAUAUCAUAUUUGACACAUUGUUAUUAUUGAUAUAUGGUUUGUAUCUUAAUAUACUUUGAUUUAUGAUUUGUAUCUUAAUAUACAUAUAUGUACAUUUAUUAGAGGUUUUGGAUGA